GCUCCGCCGCCCGCCCGGCAUCUCUUCAGCGACCCGGCUGAGAUCGAGGCCUUGCGCGGGAGCCUGCUGGCUUGGUACGACAAAUGCAAGCGGGACCUUCCCUGGAGGGCGCUGGCAGCAACUGAGCCGGACACCGACAGGCGGGCAUAUGCAGUGUGGGUGUCUGAAAUCAUGCUCCAGCAGACACAGGUGGCUACAGUGAUCGACUACUACAACCGCUGGAUGCAGAAGUGGCCAACGCUGCAGGCUCUGGCGCAGGCGUCCCUGGAGGAGGUGAACGAGCUGUGGGCCGGACUUGGCUACUACUCGAGAGGGAAGCGUCUGCAGGAGGCAGCAAGGAAGGUGGUGUCUGAGCUGGCCGGCCAGAUGCCCAGGACGGCUGAGGACCUGCAGAAGCUGCUGCCAGGAGUGGGCCGAUACACGGCCGGAGCCAUCGCGUCCAUCUCGUACGGGCAGGCUACUGGCGUCGUGGAUGGGAACGUGAUCCGGGUCCUGUGCCGCCUGCGGUGCAUCGGUGCUGACUCCAGCAGCCCGGCCGGCAUCGAACGGCUCUGGGACAUGGCCAAUGCCCUGGUAGACAGGAGCCGCCCAGGGGAUUUUAACCAAGCCCUGAUGGAGCUGGGGGCAACUGUGUGUGUGCCCAAGGCCCCGCUGUGUGGGGAGUGCCCUGUGAAGCAGCACUGCCGAGCGCGGCGCAGGGUGGAGAAGGAGCUGGGCUUCGCCUCUCAGAAGCUGUUUGGAAAACCUGCCCCAGUGCCUGAUGUUGAGGACUGUGGUGUUGGGGGCUGUCCCCUGUGUCCCCCAGCUGCGGAGCCAUGGGACAGCAGCCUGGGGGUGACCAACUUCCCCCGGAAAGCAGCGAAGAAGCAGCCGCGGGCAGCGCGAACGGCCACAUGUGUGCUGGAGCGGAGGGGCUGCCACGGGGCCCCGGAGUACCUCAUCGUGCAGAGACCCAGCUCGGGUCUCCUGGCCGGUCUCUGGGAGUUCCCCAGCCUCCCGCUGGCUCAGGGUCUGCAGGAGGAGAAGCAGAGGGAGGUGCUGGCAGAUCACCUCCGGGCCUGGACGGGGCGGCCAGUGGUGGCGGGAGGCCUGCGGUUCAUUGGAGAGGUAGUCCACAUCUUCUCUCACAUCCACCAGACAUAUGUGGUCUACUCCCUGCCCCUGGAUGGAGACGUGACCCUGGACCCUGCCUUGUCCCCAUCCCGCUGGGUGACAGAGAAGGAGUUCCAUGCCUCAGCUGUGUCCACAGCCAUGAAGAAGGUGCUGAAAGCGUGUGAGAAGCAGCGUGGGGAGGAGAGCAGCCCUGGCAAGGGCUCCAAGCGGAAGCGGGGGACAAAGCCACAGGGAGCAAGCAGCAGCCGCCCUGGGAUGCAACUCUCCCUCUAUGCCUUCCUCCGGGCACCCACCUCCCCAUGA